CAAAAAGCCCCCUCUUCCUCUUCCUCUUCUUCUCUCUUUUUUUACUCGUCUGUUUGAGUGUCUUUGUAUCCUAUCCUUGUAGUAGUAAUAGUGAUGGUGGUCUGUGUGGUGGUGAUUAUGGCAGUGUUGGCGUGGUUGGUGAGAGAGAAUAAAUGCUGGGUUUCAGUGAACAAAGGCCCUACACGGUGUUUAUGAGUUAUGAGGGAGGGAGAGAGAGAGAGAGAGAGCAGGACAGAUUGGGUUUCAUUGUUUGAUGCUUAUCAUUGUUUAAAAAAGAAAGUCUUCGGAAACAGAGAGUGAGAGAGAGAUGGACAUGCACGUGGUUCAGCUUCAGUUGGUGGCAACCGCUAAAUACAGGAUUUUUAAAUGCUGUUAGUAUUAAAUUUGGAUCAUCUGCUUCCUUUCCAGCCAAGACAGCAGUUACUAUAUUUCACCACUUCCAUUGCAUUCACUCGCAUGCUUGCCUGCCUUCCAUUCCUUCUCUUCUCUCACUUUGCAAGCUCGGUUUUUUUUUUCUCACUUGGAUUCAGCCCCAAAAAAGGAGAGAGACUCAGAUCUUUGUUACUCAGGCUUCACUGAGAUGACCCAGAAGCAAAAGACCACAUUGCUCUAGGUACUUGCAUUUUUUCAAUCUUUGCUGCAAUUAACGUGUUCGAUAUUUGGGUGUUUUUUUGGGUUAAACUUCCGUCAGAAACAUCAUGUUAUUUUGUCGUCAUCGUGAUGCUGUAUUUCUCAUACUCAAGCAAUUGUUACAUUCCAAGCACAGUAGCUAGAAAACCCAGAUCUUAAUCUCAAUUGGAUCCAACUACCAUAAUGCCAAAUGGAUAGACCCUUUUAAUUGCCAGCCGAGUUUUGCGAGCAUGAGAAUACUCUAUCAAUUCCGUCUUUCUCAUGCUCUUUUGUGCUUUCUCUCUUGCUUUCUCGGAAUUGCUACGGUUUCAACAGUAACCGAGAAAGAUAUUUUGCUUGAAUUCAAGGGGAAUAUCACCAAUGAUCCAUACAAUAGCUUAAGUUCCUGGGUUUUGAGUGGGGACCCUUGCCAAGAUUACCGUGGUGUGUUCUGUAAUUCGGCCGGAUUCGUAGAAAGGAUUCUGUUGUGGAACAAUAGUCUUGCUGGGGUAUUAUCUCCGGCCUUGUCGGGUUUGAAAUCUUUGAGGAUUUUGACAUUGUUUGGGAAUCGCUUUUCGGGCAUUAUUCCACAAGAAUAUGCUGACAUUCAGACACUCUGGAAGAUCAAUUUGAGUUCCAAUGCGUUAUCUGGGUCAAUACCGGAGUUUAUUGGUGAUUUACCAAGUAUUCGAUUUCUAGAUUUGUCGAGGAAUGAUUUUACUGGGGAGAUACCGUCAGCUUUAUUCAAGUACUGUUAUAAAACAAAGUAUGUUUCUCUGUCCCAAAACAAUCUUUCAGGUUACAUUCCUGCCUCAAUUGUGAACUGCAUGAACCUUGAAGGGUUUGAUUUCUCUUUCAAUAAUCUCAGUGGUGUCGUUCCUUCUGAAGUCUGUCGUACUAUUCCAGUGUUGAAGUACAUGAUUUUAAGAAGCAAUGUGUUAUCGGGUAAUGUUGAAGACCAGAUUUCGGCAUGCCAGAACUUGAAAGUAUUGGAUCUUGGUAGCAAUAUGUUUUCUGGGUUGGCACCAUUUGGCAUUCUUGGAUCAAAAAAUAUUUCUUUAUUUAAUAUAUCUCAUAAUGGGUUUUAUGGGGAGAUUCCCGACUUGACAACCUGCAGUGAGAGAAUGGAGUUUCUGGAUGCUUCAGCAAAUAAUUUGGACGGGCAAAUUCCAUUGAGCAUUACAAACUGUAGAAGUCUCAAAGUUCUUGAUUUGGCAUAUAACAGGCUGAAUGGCAGUAUCCCUGCGGAAAUUGGAGGUAUGGAGAUGCUUUUGGUGAUUAGAUUGGGUAGCAAUUCGAUAGGCGGGACCGUUCCAAAGGAGUUGGGAAGCAUUGAGCUGCUUCAGGUUCUGGAUUUGCACAAUCUCAAGCUUGUUGGCGAAAUUCCUGGUGAUAUAAGCAAUUGCAGGUUUCUUCUUGAGCUGGAUGUUUCUGGCAAUGCUUUAGAAGGAGAAAUUCCUGACACCCUUUCCAACAUGACUUACCUAGUAGUCCUUGACCUACAUGGAAACCGGCUCAACGGGAACAUCCCUUCAAGUAUUGGAAGAAUUUCAAACCUCCAAUUUCUGGAUCUGUCACAAAAUUUACUUUCUGGUUCAAUCCCUUCUUCUCUUGGAAAUCUGAAAAUGUUAACUCAUUUUAAUGUCUCCUACAACCGCCUCUCAGGCACCAUUCCUUCAGCUCUCCAGCAUUUUGGUCCACCUGCAUUUUUUAACAAUCCCCUGCUCUGUGGCACCCCCUUGGAUACAUCUUGCUCAGCAAAUGGCAAUGGCACAACUUCUGCACAGAGGAAAACAAAGGUCCUGAGUAAUUCUGUCAUUGUCGCAAUUGUUGCUGCUGCACUGAUCCUUACUGGGGUCUGUGUGGUAUCCAUCAUGAGCAUCAAGGUUCGCCGAAGGAAACAAGUAGAUGAAACAGUGGUUGUCGAGAGCACACCCCUAGGUUCAACAGAAUCAAAUGUAAUAAUUGGGAAGCUGGUUCUCUUCAGCAAGAGUUUGCCCUCUAAGUAUGAAGAUUGGGAGGCUGGCACCAAAGCUUUGCUUGACAAGGAGUGUCUGAUUGGUGGUGGGUCAAUUGGAACCGUCUACAGGACCAAUUUUGAAGGUGGAAUCUCAAUUGCAGUGAAGAAGCUUGACACUCUGGGAAGGAUCAGAAACCAAGAUGAAUUUGAGCAAGAAAUUGGGCAGCUAGGAAACCUUCGACACCCAAAUCUGGUUGCUUUCCAGGGUUACUACUGGUCCUCAACAAUGCAGUUGAUUCUAUCUGAAUUUGUCCAAAACGGGAAUCUGUAUGAUAAUCUUCAUGGGCUUAAUUAUGCGGGCACCAGUACUGGUGGCAGCAAUACUGCAUUAUUUUGGUCUAGGAGGUUUCAUGUCGCUCUUGGAACAGCAAGAGCCCUAGCUUACCUUCACCAUGACUGUAGACCUCAAGUUCUUCAUCUCAACAUCAAAUCGACUAACAUACUCUUAGACGAGAAUUAUGAGGCUAAGCUGUCAGAUUAUGGGUUGGGAAAAUUGCUUCCUAUUUUGGAUAACUACGGUUUAACUAAAUUCCAUAAUGCAGUUGGAUAUGUUGCGCCUGAGUUGGCUCAAAGUUUGAGAGUGAGUGAGAAAUGUGAUGUUUAUAGCUUUGGAGUUAUUCUUUUGGAGCUGGUUACAGGCAGGAAACCAGUCGAGAGUCCAAGAGCAAAUGAGGUGGUGGUUCUGUGUGAAUAUGUUAGGGCAUUGUUGGAGAGUGGCUCCGCUUCAGAUUGUUUUGAUAGAAGUUUGCGUGGUUUUGCAGAGAAUGAGCUUAUUCAGGUUAUGAAGUUGGGGCUCAUUUGCACAUCUGAGGUUCCUUCAAGGAGACCAAGCAUGGCAGAGGUUGUCCAAGUUCUUGAAUCUAUCAGAAAUGGAUUGGGUCAAUAUGAUUAGUGUACAUUAAAUGGUUUAUUGGACAACCUACAAGUUCAAUAUGAUUAGUGUAAUCUAGCUGCCAACAAAGGAGUUGCUCAUUUAACAAAUCUAAGAACUAGAAAAUUCAUUCUUUUGUA